CGAUGAUACAGUGCGCCGAGUGCACAGACUGGUACCAUUUUGCUUGCGUGAAUUUGACCGAGAAUACAGCGGAAGAUAUAGUGGCCUACAUUUGUCCAGGAUGCACCGAGAAGACCGGUCGUCGUACUGCAAUGACAUGGGAGGGUCCCAAUGCACUUGAACAAGUCACAUCUCCUCCACCAGCCAAGGCAGCAACACGACGACAGGUACUCCAAUCCGACGUCGAGGAUCCGUCAGAGUCGGAAGAUGUCCCAAGCAGCGAAGACGAAUACGUCGCAGAAAAUGUGCAGCCGAGAGCAGGGGGCAAGCGACCCAUUCGUCGAUUGUCGUAUUCCUCCGAAUCAGAGUCGGAUGGUUCCAAGAAACCUGGUCGAAACCGCCGACCCUCUCACCAAUCUCCGGGCCCCAGUAAUACCCUCAAACGCAAGGCCCAGGUUGCUCCUCAUCCCCCACCGGCAUCAAAGAAGACCAAAACUUCGUCUGAAUCAACGGAAGAUCCGACAAGGAAGUACUGUCUCGGAAAGUUUAAGGAGCUUUUUCGUGGCAUAUUUCUCAAGUAUCCUCAUGUUCGUACCAAAGACAGUGGCGAAGGAUCGGACGACGUGGAGAAAAAUGCUGAAGAGUUGACUGAGGAAGAGAAGAAGGCUGUUUUGAGUGCUGCCCAUCAGUUUGCUAAUGAUCUUGAGCAUUGUGUGUACGAAAUAUACUGUGACCCAGAUAAGCACGCUGGAGAUGGGUACAAGGAUCGAUUUCGAACAUUACAAUUCAAUCUUAGCAAAGUUGAUCGUGUCGUUCUUCAUAAGCGUAUAGUUUCGGGGAAGAUAUCCGCGAAAGAAAUAUCCACUAUGUCUUCCACUGAUCUAGCGGACGAGGAGACAAAGCAAUCCAUCAAAAUCGCUGAACAGGAAUCUCUGGAACAUUCAAUUCUGCAGAAAACUACAGCACCCCGUGCUAAGAUCACGCACAAGGGACUGCAGGAUAUCGAGGAUGUCAACGGCGAGGUUGCCAGUCGACGUGAACGAGACCGAGAGCGUGAAGCUGAAGAACAGGAGAGGAUGGAAAGGGAGCGUAUGGCUCGGCUCAGAGCCGCUCAGCCUCGUCAGCGCACAAUGUCCGUGUCUGUUCCUCCUGAGUCUCCUGUAUCACAGAGCGCGUCCUGGGGUUUGCCACCUCCGGUACCCUUGCAUGAUGCGCAUGCAUCUGCGGAUCCUUACCCUUCAGCGAGACCACCAUUAUAUGAAAACGCGACCGAGCCCGUCGAACCAGAACUGAGUCUCACCGAUUUGAUUAACAUUGACGAUGACCCCAUGGUCGAGGUGGCUCCUACCGACGGAAAAUCCACGGCUUCUCCUGUCGUCUCAGCACCAGAACUUCCCACCUUUAAUGUUGCCUCUCCCACCAUAGGCAUCUCCCCGUUCGCGUCGCGUCCAUCACUUCCCGAGACGCCGCAUUCCGCAUCAUUUGACCUCAACUCGAUAUGGUCCCUACAGACCGAGGAGACGAAAACACCGCAGGAACCUUCCCUUCCUCAGGAGACCAAGCAUCACCCCAUGGACCCCGAGCCGAUUGCAGAAGCUGAUGAUCGGGACUUUGAUAUGUUUUUGGAGGAAAAGGAACCCGAGAGGUCUCUGUCACCGGGUGGUGUGCAAACUGCAUUCAACGCCACAGAACCUGUGUGGUCAGGAAAGAUCACAAUGCCUUUGGAUUCUUCGAUUCCUACAGAGACGCCCAUUGUCGCGCGACAGAUGGGGGGAAGACCAAUAGAAGUGGGCUCUCCGCUUUGGCGUACCCUAUUCCCCACGGAUCUGCUCAGGAUUGAUGGCCGAGUACCAGUUGACAAGUCGGCUCAGUUCUUGCUUCAAGUCAGAUUAAAUCCUUCAAAAGAGCUGAUUGGCGUGGCUUUCAUGCCAGCUCCUGACGCAAUUGACAACGGUUUCAUGGUAUUCGCGGACUUUUUAGUAGGAAAAGGACGACAUGGAUUGGUAUUUCCAUGGGGACCACGACCGAAGGACGCUCCUGGACGUGAGCUCUACAUCAUUCCUCUACUUUCGAGCGAUCCAAUUCCAGAGUUUAUGGAGCUCCUUGAUAACCUCCGCCUACCCAAAGUGCGACAGACAAAUUACAUGAUCGGCAUCUGGGUGCUGAACAAAGGGGAACUCAAACCACCUCCAGAAGCAGCAGGCGUCCCACCUUCAACACUUUCGCCUCCUAACCCUGCAGUACCAACGAACCCCCCCAUACCCAAUAUUCCGACAUUGGCAAAUCUUGCUCCGCCCAUAGCAUCGGCUCAAAUUGAACCAGCAGCAUUGGCAGCCGAGGUUGCCGCGCUCACUCCAGAGCAGAUUCAGCUCAUGAUUCGAACUCUGCAAGGCCCGGGUGGAUUAUCCAUCCCCAUACCACCCGUUCCUGCACCCUCUAUGCCGGCUGCCUCACAUGUCCCUGCACCGUUGCCACAGUCAUGGGGACUCAACCCGCUGCAACCCCCACCACCCCCACCGCCACAUCAUAAUGGAGCACCCCCGAUGUACGGUAUGUACCAGCCGCCACUACACCCCAAUAAUUCUGAUCAACGUCGGGAUUACUCGCGUCCCGGGUAUGACCGGGGUGGGCCAGGAGAGUACCACGAGCGACGCGAAUCGCGAGGUGGACACUCUCCUGGUCAACGAGGCGGUGAUCGUCCAAGGGGCCGUGGAAGGGGUCGUGGUCGAGGGGGCGGGAAUGAUUUGAAUCGCCCUGUUGAUUCGGGUUGGCCCCGUAGACGACCAGAUGGAGGCUCUACAAACGGGAACCCUUCACCACAUUGGUGAUAAAUUGUUCGACCACGGCUCUGAUGAUGUAUCAAAUUUUCGUCUUCUCAUAUCUGUAGCUUGAGUUAUCUGUCUUCUUAUUUUAUAUAUAUGUACGAUAUGAUUUCCUGUCAUUUUGAGCUGGCUGUUUCCGCAUCCUAGGCAUAAGUACUAACAAGGAAGCCUUGCAGUGUACAGUCGAAUGGGCUAUUGAGGUGAAAUAGAAGCUAAGUAAUGAAUAGGAUUUGAAUAGAG